AUGGAGGAGGAUAUUCUGAAAAAAUUUAAUAUUCGUGGCUGCAAAGUAAUAUUGGAGCAGAAAAAUUUUGAUGAAUAUCGGCAAAAGCCAAAUCAGAGAAGAUCCAAGAGAAAACGGAGCAUUCAUACCGCAUCUCUACCUGAGCAAAAAAAAGUAUGUCACCAAUCAAUCACCAGCCGACAAUCGAAACAAUUAAUCGCUUGCCUUGGAUGUGGUGAACACCAAGUCACUAGUUCGAAAGCUGAUUUUUCAAAGCAUAACUGUCCGGGAAGAAUUGACACAGGAAAGAUAAAGCAAUGCAUUGAAGUUUUACAAAAAUCAAUGGAUGGAUGUAUUGAACCAGCUGAACUAUCACAGAUGAUUACAGCACCACCGCCACCACCGCCGCCACCGCCAAAACUGCUGUUAGCACCACCCUUGUUGAAACUCGUAAAGUCAAAGUCUCAGCCAGUUCAAAAACGGAAAAUUGUACACAGCAAACGUCAUUUAGAUUUGUGUGCAGAAUUACAUGAACGAUUCAAAAAAGUAUCUCAGCCGAAAAAUAAACUUUCAUCAACGUCGCCAUUCGAACCAAAUUCCUGUAAAUCGAAUUCCAUACAACCGAAGAUCAACGAUUUGUCGUCAACAAACAACACUGCAUUGAAACUGCAAACUUUGACAAACAAAGAGGAAAAUCAAAGUGAACUUUUAAAUAUUUUAAGAAAAAGAAUUCCAUAUGUACAGGACACAGACGAAGAAGGCGAUGAUGACGAAUGGAAUAAAGAAGAAAACUAA